GCAGUAGGCAUGCAUAGUUGUUCCUGGAAGAAUUGUGAAUCUCCAACUGAAGAUGCAUUGAAUAUAUAUUAGCAGUAAAACGUUCCUCGAAGGGCACCUUGCAAUACUCUGACGUAGGCUAAAGAAACUCCCACCGACAGAGCUUUGCGUUUGCAGUUUCUUUCAAUCUCGCUGCAGUCCUGACUUCUCUUCUCAGCUUCCGGCUGUCCUGGAAUUUACUACAAACAUGGAUUGGUCUGAAGAGAUGAACAACCGCCAGGUAUCUGAUCCUUCCACUCAGGAGUCGUUACCACAAUCAGAUAAUGGAGCGGUAGGAGUAGCAAUAAACAAACAAGAGAAUGUCCCAGAUCUACCCUCUUCAAACUGGCAGCAUCCCUCAAAAACCGAGGAACAAACUUUUUCUCAACCGGUGGAUAGGCCUAACACAAGAAAUGGAACGUUUAAAACCGACGCACCUGCAACGCAUAAUACCGACAUUGAUGGAGCCGAAUGUGCCUCUGUGGAUCAUUUUACGAUACACUGUCAUGGCACAGCUUCCUGUCCCAAUCAAAGUGUUACAACGAGCCCAGUAGAGCAAAAUGGCACGGGGACGGCGAUUAGUCCCACCACUGUGAUACUGGGGACAGAUGGAAACAUUUCGGUUCUACCUGGCACAGUGACCGGGGACGGGGAUGAUGAUGAUGAAGGAGGAGAUGAGAAUAAAGCGAGGGGAAACUGGUCCAAAAAAAUGGACUUCAUUCUCUCUAUGGUUGGAUAUGCUGUUGGUUUGGGGAAUGUCUGGAGAUUCCCAUACCUAGCCUUCAAAAAUGGAGGAGGUGCUUUCUUGAUUCCUUAUCUAAUCAUGUUGGGCCUUGCUGGAAUCCCCAUAUUCUUAUUGGAGGUGUCCUUGGGGCAGUUUGCAAGCCAAGGACCCGUGUCCGUAUGGAAAGCAAUCCCUGCUCUUCAAGGUUGCGGGAUUGCCAUGUUGAUAAUAUCAGUCUUGAUAGCCAUAUACUAUAACAUAGUAAUGUGCUGGACAUUGUACUACCUGUUCGCUUCGUUGAAGGGCUCACUCCCCUGGGCGAACUGUAAGAAUAAAUGGAACACUCAAGAUUGCAAGGACAAAGACAUGCUUCUUCUUGAUUCAUGCAUUUUGCGCGAUGGGAACGCCACCUCUAUAAGGAAUACUACACUAUGUUUGUCUGCUGAUGUCAUUGGGAAUCUGAGCAAACUCACUAACAUCACAUCUGAGAUCAACAAAACCUAUGUCAGUCCAAGUGAAGAGUAUUUUAAAUAUAAUGUACUGAACAUCUCCAAAGGAAUAGAAUACCCAGGGGAAAUCCGCUGGCCUCUGGCCCUCUGUCUUCUCUUGGCCUGGGUUAUUGUCUACGCCUCACUGGCUAAAGGAAUCAAAUCAUCUGGGAAGGUGGUGUAUUUCACGGCUACGUUUCCCUACGUGGUGCUGGUGAUUCUGCUGGUCAGAGGAGUUACUCUACCUGGAGCUGGAGAUGGCAUCCUCUACUUCAUCACUCCCAGGUGGGAGAAACUCUACGAUGCCAAGGUGUGGAAGGAUGCUGCAACCCAGAUCUUCUUCUCCUUGUCAGCAGCCUGGGGUGGACUUAUCACGCUGUCCUCCUACAACAAGUUCCAUAACAACUGCUACAGGGACACCAUCAUUGUGACCUGCACCAACAGUGCCACCAGCAUCUUUGCAGGGUUUGUCAUCUUCUCUGUCAUCGGGUUUAUGGCUCAUGAGCUGAAAGUGCCCAUCGAACAGGUGGCUGAUGGGGGUCCUGGCAUAGCCUUCGUAGUGUAUCCAGAGGCCCUCACCAGACUUCCUCUCUCUCCUUUCUGGGCCAUCAUCUUCUUCCUCAUGCUACUCACCCUGGGAUUGGAUACCAUGUUUGCCACCAUUGAGACCAUAGUGACGUCUGUGUCAGAUGAGUUCCCCAGAUAUCUGAGGAAGUACAAGGCCCUCUUCACCCUGGGGUGCUGCACCUCUUUCUACAUCCUGGGGUACCCCAUGAUCACAGAGAAUGGGAUGUAUAUGCUUCAGCUGGUGGACACAUAUGCAGCCUCAUACUCUCUGAUCAUCAUCGCCAUCUUUGAACUUGUGGGAGUUUCAUACAUUUAUGGUCUGAAGAGGUUCUGUGAAGACAUUGAAAUGAUGAUCGGGUUCCAGCCAAACAUGUUCUGGAGGGUCUGCUGGGCCUUUGUGACCCCCUCCAUUCUCACAUUUAUCCUGGGUCUGAGUCUGUACCACUGGAAGGUGAUGACCUAUGAGACCUACACCUACCCCACCUGGUCCAUGGUGAUGGGCUGGCUCAUGGUGGUGUGUUCUGUUAUCUGGAUCCCCAUCAUGUUUGGCAUCAAGAUGCACCUGGCCCCCGGCAGCUUCAUCCAGCGUCUGAAGCUAGUGUGCUCCCCUCAGCCGGACUGGGGCCCCUUCCUGAUAAAGCACAGAGGAGAACGCUACAAGAACAUGAUCGACCCGCUAGGAACCAACUCCCUGGGGCUCAAACUCCCUCCUAAAGGCCUUCUACUGGGCCAGACCCAGUGCUAAUGUCUAUUCCUGGACAGUAACAAAGUUCACCAACUCUGCAGUAGUCAUCUGUUGUUCGCUCUAUUCACCGUUUGCACACUUUUCUAUAGAUUACACCAAGGGAAAUUGAAAGUCAAAGUCCAAGAUUAUGCAUGUUGUCUUCUGACAAAGACCAUCCCUUUAAUACAGCAGUAGAGCUAUGAUCGAUUUUACAGUAAACAGGGCUGAUUUGGUGCCUACUGUGCUUAAUCUCCAGUCUUCCACAUUGCUGUUUAUUUUAUGUGUUAAAAUAACUAUUCUGAGCCCACUGAAUAGGAGAAUGGUUAUAGACAUGUACCUCCCAGCACAUAAAACAGGUCACUUCUCAACACUGUUACUAAAUAGAUUUGAAUAAUGAGAUUUGUUGUGAUGCAUGUCAUUGUCAAGAAAUCUGCAACAGGAAACAUGUGGAUGAAAGAUAUAUUGCCACCCCUAUCUGUUUGCGUGUACUGUUGCAUAGUUAUAUGUAAACAUUCCAUGUCAGCUACUCAAUGAACUAAUAAGCACAUCCCAACAGAGAAAAACUGCUGCUACAACGAAUGCAUCAACCUCAAACGUCUCUUGUUCUAAAAUGACACUGCCUUUUGUAUAAGCAACGUGUAACUUGUAUGUCAAAUAAUUUGUGUUGCAUGUGCCUACAACUGAAUCAGAAAACAUUGUCCUUUGUCAAGAAUUUGGCACGUUACACAUAAUGUUGCCGUCCUUGUGUGUCAUGCUUCUAUUUGUCUUUGGCUGCUGAGAGUGUUUCUAAAUGUAUUGUAUGCUUGCACUUGUUUGAAUACAGCCCUCAUCUUCCCUUGCAUGUAGUCACAAAGCAUGCUUGGAGGCUGUACUGUUGAAUCUACUGUGUUUUCCAUUCUUUUACAUUAACUUAGGAUGUACAAAACCAAAGAUGGAGUGCUUAGUGAAAGAUUUGUAGACAGAAACAUCGAUGGGAAGUUGAAUAUACUGCCAGUCAAUUUCAAUUUGAUCACAAAUGUUUUCCAGCAUGUUUAUGCCACAUCUUCAGGUAACCUUUGGCCUUUGAGAUGUACUCGAAUUUUAGAAGAUUGUAUGGAUUGAAAAUUAAUUAAGUUAUUAGAUUGUUUAAAAUAGUGUGCUUUUGCAGUACUUUAUGGAUAUUUGAGGCAAUACCUCAGAUUUUGUAUUUAUCUACACAAUUGCGAUAUGUAUAUUUGCCUUUAUUGUAAAUGUUGAAAAUACAAUUUUAAGACUUGGAUUCAAUCCGACCCAUGCUAUAGUGCAGCUGCGGUAUAGGGGACAUUUUGCCUUUGAAAAGGUCAUUUACACUUGAGCCGACAUUCAAAGCGUUUACCAUGAAUGUGAACUCUGCAAAGGGCAGGGAAGUAGCCUUUAACAGGCAAAUUGUCAGCUGUUUAGCGCAGCAGCAUUAAAAACCAUGUUCGGAUUAAAUCUUGGCCUAAACCUGAUGACAUCCUGAAAUACCUUUAUUAAUAUACAUUGUGUAUACUGAACAAAAAUAUAAACGCAACGUGCAACAA